CUGUUGGUCUGGAGGAGCUGCAGCAUUUAUUUCUGCACAAACGUCCCCUGUACAUUCACUAGAUAUUCUCAGAGCUAAACUAACUCUCCUGCAGUGUGUAGUGAGCGCGCAUGCACAUCUAGAGGUGGUGCGAGAAUGCGCGCGGUGUGAGUGAAGGCAAGCAGGCAGAGGAGCAGAGACUCCGGCCACACGCAAGCGCGCGCAUGUGUCCAGACCCGGUACAUUUAAACGCUUAAAAAGUUACAAACAGUCCCUUUAAUGGGUUAAUUGAUUAUACUUUAACACUGUUUAUAAUUAAAAACUAUUAAACCCCCCCACUCCAGUUCUUCAGUUCCGGUUUCACUGUGUGGACGUGACCGGAAGUGACCGGCGCUGUUCCUUUAACUCUAACUGAAGCUGCGCAGAGAGCUGCGCGGCUGCACGCAGCAGUGAAGCCCCUGAAGAAGCCUCUGAUCCGGCCAUCACUUCAACAUCACUUCCUCUCCUCAUCCGUGCCUCGGUCCAUCAGUCAUCCACCUGUUGUAUCAUCAGCCUGUAGAGUUUGACGGCACUGCCUGUCUUUAAACACACUCGGACCUUCAUGAAACAGUAGAGCUCUAUGAGCAUGUUGUCUUCUUUCUGACACAGUAAGACUUCUCAUCCUUCAGAGGUGCAGAGCGAAUGGAGAACUCAGAGACCGGUCCACCACCGGGGCCCUUGUCGGUGCCAGACAGAGGCAUGGCACGACCCUCAACGCCCCCCAGUCAGCUGUUAGAGUCAGCCAGGCCCUCCAAGCACCGGGAGCACCCGUCCAAGUCACCAAGGAGACGGCGGAAGGGGACGAGGUCGCAGCGACGGGGGGGUGGUGGUCAUGAACAGCUGCUCUGGGACGUCGAGCGGCGGAGGUUGCCAGGCCAACACGAGCACUUGGAGCCCUCUGGCUCGGCGAGCGACACAGCGGAAAGCUCUCCUAAGAGGAGAGCCCACUUUCUACAUGGACCGUAUCCAGCCACUCACUUCGGACCCAAAGCCUGUAUUCUUCCCAACCCAACUUCAGUCAUGCACAUCCAGGACCCAGCCAGCCAGCGGCUCACCUGGAAUAAACCUCCUGUCAACGUGCUCGUUAUCAGGAAAAUCAGAGAUGAGAGCCUCGUCGAGCCUUUCAAAGAGCUCUGCAGGUUUCUAGUGGAGGAGAAGCAGAUGAUGGUGUACGUGGAAAGCAGGGUAGCAGAUGAUGCUACGCUGUCAAAGGACGAGGCGUUCGGCUCCAUCCGCAAUCAGCUCUGCACCUUCAGAGAGGGUUAUGAUGAUAUCUCUGACUGCAUAGACCUGAUCAUCUGUCUCGGUGGAGAUGGGACUCUGCUCUACGCCUCCUCUCUCUUCCAGGGCAGCGUCCCUCCGGUUAUGGCGUUUCACCUCGGCUCUCUGGGUUUCUUGACGCCCUUCAAAUUUGAGUCGUACAAGACUGAAGUGGCCAAAGUGUUUGAAGGCAAUGCAGCCAUCACUCUGCGCAGUCGUCUUAAGGUGAAGGUGGUGAAGGACAUGCUUCAGAGAACAGGUCAGCAGCCGCACAGCCGAGAGCCUCAGCAGCAGCAGCAGCAAGAGGAGGAGGAACACAACGGACUCCUUCCUCAUGGACACACCAACAGCGAGGCCGGCAAGGUCACCCUGCAGCUACAGGUGUUGAAUGAGGUGGUGGUGGACCGAGGCCCGUCCUCCUACCUGUCCAAUGUGGACUUGUACCUUGAUGGACGGCUCAUCACCUCAGUGCAGGGAGACGGUGUGAUUGUGUCCACACCUACAGGCAGCACAGCGUAUGCAGCGGCAGCAGGAGCCUCCAUGAUCCACCCCAACGUACCCGCCAUCAUGGUCACCCCCAUCUGCCCACACUCGCUCUCCUUCAGGCCCAUCGUCGUCCCUGCCGGGGUGGAGCUCAUGAUCACCUUGUCCCCUGAUGCCAGGACCACCGCCUGGGUGUCGUUUGACGGCAGGAAGAGACAGGAGAUCCAGCAUGGAGACUGCAUCAAGAUCACCACAUCUUGCUACCCAGUACCCUCUAUCUGUUGCCACGACCUGGUGUACGACUGGUUUGAAAGCCUGGCUCAGUGUUUGCACUGGAACGUACGCAAGAGGCAGGCGCGACUGGCGGACGUCUCCGACUCGUCAGACACCGAAAACUGAACGAGCGGGGGCUUUUUUCUGGCCUACGUUAAUGUUGACGCUCUCUCACAGCAGCUGAGUGACACUGAGGGGGAUCAGAGUUGUUCUGACACCCCGCAAACAUUUUCAUCACAGAAACACAGGACUGUGACAGUGAGAGCAUGUGUGUCUUCAGCCACAUUAGAGUUAAAUUAGCGGUAUGAAUAGCAUGUUUAAUGGACAUACUGUGCUAACAGUAUUUUAUACAUUUGAGAAAGCAUCUCAUUACAUUCCAAUACAAACACAAUCUGUAAUUUUAUCUGUAGCUUACAGGGAGAAAGCAUGUUUCUCACCUGGAGAUGAAAACAAAACAAAAACAAUUGCAGUUACUUAUUAAUAUUAUUAAUUAAUAUUCUGUUGUUUUGGGCAUGGAGCACUUAAUAAUCAAUGUGAGGAUCAGUGUGUAAAUUUUAGGUGUUUCUGGCAUAAACACGGGGCGAAUUAUGGGUAGAAAAAUGUUGAUAGAUUCAGAAAAAUGACUGUAAAUAUAAAUUUGUAUAUACAAGAUUCUAAGAUAAAUGUAUUUAAUGUCAUGUUAAUGUGAUAUUUAUAUUGAUGGGAGCUUAAAAAGACUGAAAAACUUCUAUUAAUGAGUCAGCCAAAGACCACUUUGUGUGAUUAAUCUGUACAAACAUAUUGUACAAUCCAAAGCCUACUUUCUGUACAUCCUAAGAGUAGCUGUACAGGACUUUUUCAUUUGUUUUUUGUUUUUUUUCCAAUUGCUUUCUUAACUAAGUUAAUUUCUACAAGUCAGAUUGCAUGUUGUAGAACAAAAUAGAUAGAGUCAGAGAAACAUCCACCAGUCAUGUUUGUUUUCAUGAUCAUUAAACUGUCAACGUGAAAGGAAGUAGUGCUAAAAUAAAGUUCAAACACUCAUUAA